UGUAUGUUAUAUCCAAUCCCGCUUUCGGUCUUGCAUGGAGCACUCAGCACGGUGACCAAGUCAAGACCGAGUAUCAGCAAGCUCUUCUUCUACUCCAAACAGUACCGCAAGAAACUAUGGCAGGCUCAAGAAAGAACAAAAUCAAGAAGUUCGUCUCCUCAUCACAUACUAACAACCCGCCGGAUCAGGUCCAAACCGAUGAUGAUAAUGUCCUCAUGGAUGACCUGCUAGCGGAGCUCGACUCCCGAAACCAGACUGUACAACAAGAAUCAGCUACCGUGUUGCUGGAGAUGCAAGAAAACCAAGAGAAUACAGUUAAAGACAAUUGUCGACCGGCCAAGAAAAAGCAGGAUAGUAGGAGCCGACAUGAAGCCCGACAGGCGAGAAAGGCAGAAGCCUUGGCUAAGAACCAUGCACCAAUUGAUCCAGAGGCAGACUCAAGGCUAGAAAAAGAGGCGAAGGAAGAAGAGAUAUCGAUCAAAGAGACAUGCGACAAGCUUGGGGUACAGACUCAUGAGAUACCACCAGAUGGACACUGUCUCUUCUCUGCUGUAGCGGACCAGCUAGCCCUCCUUAACAUACUUCCUCCCAAUCAAGCCAACUACGUCACCGUCCGUGCUGCUGCAUCGAACUUCAUCUACACUCAUCCAGAUCACUUCUUGCCUUUCCUGCCGUCCGCGUUUGGGGAAGAUGGUGUAGGAGCAACAAGUGAAGGCUUUAUGACUCCACGGCAAUUUGAGCAGUACUGUAUGUCCAUCAAGGACACUGGUGCUUGGGGUGGAGAACCAGAAAUCCUGGCGCUCAGUCAAGCAUAUAAUGUUCCCAUACAUGUCGUACAGGGUGGUGUCCCCCGGAUCGUUGAACACAAUCCGGGUCCGUCACCUCGGUCGUCUGCUAAGGUAGCUCGCAUCAGUUUCCAUAGAAGAAUGUAUGGACUAGGGGAGCACUACAACUCUUUACGGCCAAAAACUACCAUUUCACAGGUGGCUGGCAAGAUUCAGUCCGCAUUCUCUUGAUGCACAUGCGGCGUUCCUCCGCUUGCGUUUUGAAAGGGUGCGGAAUACCCAACCAAUCCUUGUCCAUGCGUCAAUACAGAUAUAUGCAAACAAUUAAACA